AUGAGCUUGCGGGAACCGGGGUCGGCGUCGCCUGCUGGACCCGUUGGAGAUGCCGGGGCAAUCCGCAGCGAGUUUGAGGCGACGCCACAGCCGGCGUCGCCAAACGCUCCAGCGGAGAGCGUCUCGGAGCAGCUCUCGCACCUUCUUGCCGACCUGGACGACGAACGAAUGCGCAGCGAGGCCACUGCAGCGAAGCUGGAUUCGACACUGGAGCUGGCUCAAGCCAACGAGAUGCGAGCAUUGCGGGCAGAGGCAGAGCUCGAGACGCUCCAAGAGACGCACCGCACUCUCCAAGAGACGCACCGCACUCUCCAAGAGACGCACCGCACUCUCCAGGAGACGCACCGCACUCUCCAGGACCGCGGAGUUUUCGCAGCCGAGUCGGCAAGGUCCAGCACCACAAAGUCAACCUUUCGAUUUGAGCGGCUGGCGAUACCUACCGUCAGCAUCCUUGCGCUGGCGUGCACGUGCUUAUUCUUGUUAGCUGAGCGCGAGCUAGAGCCACCGGCCUUGCCGCCGGACGCUUGCGAGUCCUUCGCCUCUUUGGGCGAUUUCUCCUUCUGCGGUCCACCGGUGACGAGCGGUGGCUUCCGUGCAGCUUCGCUGGCGGCGCGUGCGCGCGGCAUGCAGGUCAUCGCCCAUGCCGCCAACGCCAGCCUGCUGCUCGCCGCCAGCGCCGGGAACCUGACACGAGCGUUCACCAAGGACAACCUCCGCUCCGCCGCCAUCUCGCUAAGCCACGGUGGAGCGACCGCCGGAGCGCGCAGCCUCGAGGCAGUGGUUGAGCUUGGUUCUGCGGCCGCAAGGACAGCCCUCUCGCUGGGAUCGGCGCUGCGCUUCUCCGAACAAGUGCUCGCCGAGGCAAUCUAUGACAGCUCGGCCUUAGCCUCAGCCGCCGCCUCGCGUGUGCGAGCGGCGGCGGCAUUCUUCGUGGCGAUGGCGUCAGGCGCCGCCAGCGCUGCCAGCGCUAGCGUUCGACUAGUGCUCCUCCCUGCUGCCGGUUCCUUGGCCACAGCCUGCGCGUCCGUGAGCAGUGCAGCGGGGGCCGUGCUCGGUGCAGUGCUCGUCGGCGCCUCCGUUCUGGCAGAGGAGUCGAGAGGCGUCGCCGGUGCUGCUGGCCGAUCCUUGCUCGACGCCGCCAAGAAACAGAGCACCCGCAUUCUCCCUCUACUUCGCGAGUGGGGAUCCGCUACUCGGCUGUCCGCGCAGGCGCUCACCGGCCACGCUCGUCAGGCCGCGCCCUUGGCUCGAUCCUCGGCGGUGAGGGCCUCGGAGACAGCGAGAGACGCAAUCGCCCGUUUGUGGGGAUCGCCAACGUCAACGCCGCCCAGUGGACCCGAGACGACGCCAGAGGCGACUUGGUGGUCGAGCUAA